CAACUAGGUCACGUGCUUGGGAAAUUUUGUUUGGGUUUUUGUAUUCUGUCAAUUUAGCCGCCGAGAGACACUUUCAGUUUGGGAUCCGGCGGUUUUGUGUGACAGAUUACGAUAACGAAAAGAGAAAGAGAUCAUGGCCAGAAUCAAGGUUCACGAGCUGAGGCAGAAGAGCAAGGUGGAUCUUUUGGCUCAGUUGAAGGAUCUAAAAGCUGAGCUCUCCCUCCUCCGCGUUGCCAAAGUCACUGGAGGCGCUCCCAAUAAGCUCUCCAAAAUAAAGGUUGUGAGGCUAUCCAUAGCACAAGUCUUAACGGUGGUUUCUCAAAAGCAAAAAGCAGCUUUGAGAGAGGUGUACAAGAACAAGAAGUAUCUUCCACUUGAUCUGCGUCCCAAAAAAACUAGAGCCAUUCGGAAGCGCCUAACUAAGCAUCAGGUAUCCUUGAAGACAGAGAGGGAGAAGAAGAAGGAAAGGUACUUUCCAUUGAGGAAAUAUGCCAUCAAGGUUUAGCAAUUUGAUUAAUGUUGUCUUUUUUCAUUUGUUUUACCUAGACCGGUAUUUCUUUGGCGUGUCGAUGUAGACUGUUUUCAUGAUGGGUUUCAAUGGAAUUCUACCCCCUUUUUCUAUUA